AAAUCCCAUUCGUGGAGUAUAGCAGCCAUUCUGUCGUCCUAUACAUAUUCGAUAAAUGGCUUUCAUCAUGAUGAGGAAGAAGAGGUUCAAGUUUAAAGUUGAUGUGGAGCUGGAGGAGCUGUCGUCUGUCCCUUACGUUAAUGGAGUUCUGUUCUGCAAGGUUCGACUGACGGACGGAGGCUUCACAGAUGAGUCUUCGAGAGAGCCAGUUCUGGUGAAUUGUGUUAAAUGGAAGAAAAGAUUCUCCUUCUUAUGUAAGAUGAGUGCUAAUGCAGGGACAGGGGUGUUGGAUCCACGUGUUUUUCGGGUGUCUGUAAGAAAGGAGCUUAAAGGUGGGAAGACAUUUGCAAAGCUUGGGUUUGCUGAUUUAAACUUGGCUGAGUUUGCCGGUUCAGGAAGCACCACACGGCACUGCCUGUUGGAGGGAUACAACACCAAAAACACACGUCAGGACAACUCUAUACUGAAGGUGAUAAUCAGUAUGCAGUUAAUGUCAGGUGAUCCUUGCUUUAAAACGCCUCCAUCCACUGCAAUGACCAUUGGUUUUCCAGGAGAAAUAGAUAUAUGUCUAGAUGAGGACAGAAGAGCAGAGACACAGAGUGCAACUCAAAUCUGUACAGAAAACCUAAGAAAAAGUUGCUUCAGUCAUGGUUCUGUUCCAGAUGAAAUGGGAAAGUGUAGUCACUCAAGAACAGCCAGUUACGCCAGCCAGCAGUCCAAGUUUUCCGGCUACAGCACGGCUAAUUCACGCUCCUCCAGCCUGACGGAGCUCUCUCAUAGGAGGAACUUGUCUGUGGGGAGUGCCUCCACUGGGAUUGGCAGCCUACCAGAACCCAGUGAGGACAGAGAGUCCCGCACACAUGCCUGCACACCUUUACCCCAGCACUUAGCCACACCAUCCCACAGUGGGAUCACAGCCAACAGGCACCCUGUAAAACAGGACUCGGUUGAGUCUCAGCUAAAACGAGUGGAUGCUACCAGAGUGGAUGCUGAUGAUAUAAUCGAGACAAUCCUACAGGGCCAAGACUUCAGCCACAGCAUACUGGACUCCAGUAAUGAAGAGGAGGGUCUGCGACUAUUUGUUGGGCCAGGAGGCAGCACUGCACUGGGCUCUCAGCACACCAUGGUUGGUGCAGGAGCUUUUGAACAGGUUGUUAUAAAACGCUAGACUGAAUGUCCGUGGGGUAAGGUGAUGUAAUAUCCUGUGUCAAACCAGAGGACAGCAGUUGUCUUCGAUCACAAGUAGCAGUUCUAUAUUGGUCUCCUGACACAUGGGCUCUAGGAAUUUGUGCAAUCAUUGCUCCACCUAGUGGUAAAGCCCUGAAGACAGACAGAAGCUUUGCUUAAGCUCAGAGUAACAGGAAAUACUUGGGAUUGGUAUUCUUUUACCAAAAAUGGAUAGAUAUAGUUCUCACAGACACUUUAAAAAAGACUUGGAACAACUGGUGGAACCAAAAAGAUGUGUUA